UAUAGAAGUCUGUGGUGGUUGGUUGUGCGCUUUGUUGUAUUAGUGACGUGGCCUUUUUGCCGAAUUAAGUGGAUUCACUUUUUUGCGGUCGAAAAUAAAAUAAAAUCAGUAAAAAUGAAGUAUUUUUUGCUGCUUGGUGUUCUGCUGUUGGCAGGCAUCAAUCAAAUCGCUGCAAACACUGAUGGCGGCGAUGAAAAGCCAGAGACAAUUGACUUGAAUAUAGGCUCGUUUAAGGAAGGUUCUAGAACAGAUGCCGAAACACUGAAACGUGAGGAAGAAGCUAUCAAACUGGACGGGCUAAAUAUUGCUCAGCUUAAAGAAUUGCGCGAGAAGGCCGAGAAGUUCACUUUCCAAACCGAGGUGAACCGCAUGAUGAAGCUGAUUAUCAACUCCCUCUACCGUAACAAGGAAAUUUUCUUGCGAGAACUGAUCUCAAACGCUUCCGAUGCUAUUGAUAAGAUUCGUUUGUUGGCCCUGACUAAUCGCAAGGAAUUGGAAAGCAAUCCAGACCUGCACAUACGGAUCAAGGCGGAUAAAGAGAACAAAGUGUUGCACAUUAUGGACUCGGGCAUUGGCAUGACACACCAGGAUCUCAUUAAUAACUUGGGCACAAUUGCCAAAUCGGGCACUGCUGAUUUUUUGGCUAAAAUGCAGGAUCCCAGCAAGGCAGAAGGUCAGGACUUGAAUGAUAUGAUUGGUCAAUUUGGCGUUGGUUUCUACUCGGCUUUUCUGGUUGCUGAUCGUGUUGUGGUCACCACAAAGCACAACGAUGACAAGCAAUACAUCUGGGAGUCGGAUGCAAAUAGUUUCAGCAUUACUGAAGAUCCCCGUGGCAAUACCCUUAAUAGGGGCUCUAUUAUUUCACUGUAUUUAAAGGAUGAAGCACAGGACUUUUUGGAGCAGGAUACAGUGCGCGAACUGAUACGCAAAUAUUCGCAAUUCAUUAAUUUCCCAAUUUUGAUGUGGUCCAGUAAGACCGUUGACGAAGAAGUACCCAUAGAGGAAGAAGCUUCUAAGCCAGAGAAGAGCGAGGACAAUACAGAGGAUGCUGAUGAGGAUGCCAAGGUUGAGGAAGAUACCGAAGAGGAUAAACCAAAAACAAAGAAGGUCUCAAAAACCACCUGGGACUGGCAGCUUAUCAAUGAUAGCAAACCUAUUUGGACACGUAAGCCAGCUGACGUGACUGCCGAUGAAUACACCGAAUUUUAUAAGAGUCUGACAAAGGACUCAAGUGAACCGCUUACCCAAACGCAUUUCGUCGCCGAGGGUGAGGUCACUUUUAAAAGCUUGCUCUACAUUCCCAAGGUGCAACCAUCUGAAUCCUUCAACCGCUAUGGCACGAAGUCUGACAACAUUAAGCUUUAUGUGCGUCGUGUUUUUAUUACUGAUGAAUUCAAUGACAUGAUGCCCAACUACCUUAACUUUAUUCGCGGUGUGGUUGACUCUGAUGACUUGCCAUUGAAUGUAUCACGUGAGACGCUGCAGCAACAUAAGUUAAUUAAGGUCAUAAAGAAAAAACUGGUGCGUAAAGUGCUUGAUAUGAUUAAGAAAAUCGACAAGGAAGCUUAUGAAAAGUUCUGGAAGGAGUUCUCUACUAACAUCAAAUUGGGCAUCAUGGAGGAUCCCAGCAAUCGUUCUCGCCUGGCCAAGUUGCUGCGGUUCCAAACAUCGAAUGGCAAAGGUGUCACCUCGCUGGCGGAGUACGUCGAGCGUAUGAAGUCCAAACAGGAUCAUAUUUAUUAUAUUGCCGGUGCCAACCGUGCCGAAGUUGAAAAGUCGCCCUUCGUCGAGCGCCUGCUCAGCAAGGGUUAUGAGGUGCUUUAUUUGGUGGAAGCUGUUGACGAGUACUGCAUCUCUGCUUUGCCUGAAUUCGAUGGCAAGAAAUUCCAAAACGUGGCCAAGGAAGGUUUCAAGCUCAACGAAUCCGCUAAAAGCAAAGAAAAAUUCGAAAACCUAAAGAAUGCUUUUGAGCCAUUGGUAAAAUGGUUGAACGAUGUUGCGCUUAAGGACCAAAUAUCAAAGGCUCAAGUCUCAGAACGAUUAAGCAACUCUCCAUGCGCACUUGUCGCUGGUGUUUUCGGCUGGACCGGCAACAUGGAACGCUUGGCUAUGUCGAAUGCCCAUCAAAAGGCCGAUGAUCCACAACGCAGCUAUUAUCUUAAUCAAAAGAAGACACUUGAAAUCAAUCCCAGGCAUCCACUGAUGCGUGAGCUUUUGCGUCGCGUUGAGUCCGACGAGGCCGAUGAAAAUGCAAAGAAUAUGGCGUUGAUGAUGUUCCGCACUGCCACGCUACGCUCAGGUUACAUGCUUCAAGAGACGGCCAAUUUUGCAGACAGUAUCGAGCAGAUGAUGCGUCAAACCCUGGGUCUGUCGUUGGAUGAGCAAGUCGAGUUGGAUGAAGACGAUGAUGAGGCUGAUGCCGAUGAUGCCAAGUCAAGCGAGGACAGCGGUGCUAGCAAUGCUGAUGAAGAUGAGGAGGAUACGCAGCACGAUGAACUCUAAGCAAUCGCAUAACCGUUGCAGUGUAGAUUACCCUGUAUUGUACAUAAGUCAGACUGAGUUUAAGCAUCCAUUCGUAAACAUCCGUGCACCACCUGAGAAGUGUCUUGCUUUGAAUCAAGAAUGCUUCUUAAACGUGUGUUUAGAAGUUAAGUAACAAUUUCGUAAUACAUUAUAUAUAUUAAAUAGCAGUCGACUAUGUUGUCGCCUUUCUUUAUUACCUUGAAAGCAGCUCUGUGGCAUUUCGCAUUUUACUAAAUAGCUUCAAACAUUCGUGCCGACAUAGUUAUGCUCAAAUAAAAUCUUUAAUCUAUAAUAA